GGACAAUUGAUAAGCGGCAUGGCGAGCGAAGAAGAGUACGUGAUGGCUGCCCAACACCACCGUCGAAGAAUGUCUCACCAUGGCCCCCCCGCCCAGAUUCAGUCCGCCAGGGCAUGCUGUCCCGCCGCGUUACAUGCAUCGCAGACCUCCACCUGAGGGGUCCGACACUAACACCCGGCCUUACGCCAUCUUCUUCUCUUAUUUGCUGGCAUGCCUGUCCGUUGCCGUCUUCAUCGUCCUCAAGCUCGUCCAGCGAGCCGGGGCCCUCGAAAAGUCCAAGACAGCUCGGCCUCGCAGAAAGCAUGUUUGGCUGUUUGGAGCGCUGGCCGCGGGCAGCUUGCUCACGACAUGGACGCACAUGUUCCGGUACUUCAAGUUCAGCUACCAGACAUGGCUCCUGUGGCGGAGCUACUAUGAGCUUGAGCCCCACCAAAAGCACUGGGGGCUGUGGCUCAAUGAGACGAGCCUGUUCCGAGAAGCGUGGGAGACGGUCAUUAUAGGGAAUGCUCGGUAUUGGUGGUCGCAUCAGAUUUUCUUCUUUGCCUUGGGCCUCGGCCUGUAUCUGGAGCAGAAAGGCGUACGGCGUGGCAUCCACUACACCUGGGCGUACAUGCUGCUCGGCCAGAUUGUAGCCAUCAGCUUCGCUACGAACCUGUUUCUCCUCACGUUGCUCUUCAGCCCCGCACCACCAGUGGCCAAACCAGCAGCGGGCAGCCAGCGGUGGAUUGGUCCCUGGCUCUUGAACCUUUUCUCUAUUUUUGCAACAGCGUAUCCAGCCAUGCAAUUGGCCGAUGAACACUACUGGUACCAUCCCACGCAUUUCAUGCCUAUGCUCAUGGCUCCCCACGUGGCUCUGAUGCUGUUGCCAGUCGCACGUGCGCUUGUGCCUGCCAGGUACUUGAGCGAAGACGUUCACUUCACUGACAAGGCCUACGACUACAUGUGGGCGUUGGUCGUGGGGAAUGCUGCGCUGAUGUUAGCAUGGACAAGUGCGACUGUGUACAACUACAGCGGACUGUCAGGCAUACAGACCGCUCUGUUUGAGCAUCCGGCGGUGAGCAGCGUGGGCUUCGAUGUCAUCUUUUGCUGGCUUACUUGGGCGAGCUGGUUUCUGACGCAGUCGGGCCUUGCUCAGGACACGAGUAGCACAAAGCGAGAACAUGCUGUGGAUGGAACGGGCGUUGCUCUGAAUGCCAGUGGGCGUGAUUUGAGCGCCAAACGCCACUAGUAGGAGGAAGAUUGGUACUUGGGUCAGUGUACCAAAGGGUUACAAUGACUGCGGACGAGCAGCCGUGUAUGGCUCCGUGUAUGGCUCCGUGGACGGGUUGGACCGUGUUUGUGCACUAGCACUAGCAGCCUUUCAGCGUUGACGUUUGCCAAUUCAGUUUUGUGCAACACGGGGCGAUGAGACAGUUGCAACUCUGUAAGCCGGGUGUUCCGUGUAGUAGUAGUAGGUCAUGUACACCAAGUAACGGGCCGCUCGGGAACUUAGAUGCACAUGAAUAGCGCAUGUGCAUGAGGUAUCGACGCGGAAAAGCCGGGGGCAUUCGACUCUGCCACUAGCUGGUGUUAGCUGGCUGUGGUAGUGUGAGCUGGCACAAAGGCGACGCGCUAGGCGGCACGCUG